AUGUCGACUCUUACCCUUACUACAAUACCGGCUGAGAUUGUCGCUUUCAUAUUUGAGUACUUCGUAGAUGAUCAUGAAACGCUUGAGCGUCUAAGCAAGGCCCAUCCAAGCUUCGCUCCACCGGCAAAUGCAGUGCGCCAUAGUAUUCGAAGAGUCCUGGUACGCGGGAACGGUGCGCAAGAAGCAUGUAAAGAGCUUGUUGAAAGCCUUCAUCGAAGCCAGAACGGGACACAAUCCGACGACAGCUCGACCAUCAACUCCAGUGAUGCUCUCAUCGGGCCGAUACGCUAUCUUGAGCUUGUGUUUGAUAGCCGGGCAGAGUUCCGUCUGGCAGAUGCAACACAGGGAGUGCUGGACUCUCUCCCGGCUGUCCGACACGUCACACUCAAGAUCAACGCUCGCCCUUUCCCUGAAACACCUUACCAAGAAGUGAUUGCGGAUUUUGAAGAAAAGGUCCGCGGAGCCGUUCAGGACUACUCAACACUCAUGGGCAUGCUCAAUACAUUGAAACCACAUCGAAGAAUCGGCAUGAGUCUUAUUCUCAACGACUGCAUGCUCCGCUCUUCCCCAAUCAUCGCACAACAAUACCCAAACGUUGUCUUACGAGAAUUCGACGUCAAAUACUACUUAUACUACGCUAACACCAUGGUCGCCCUAGCCGAGCGCUUGGUAUACGCAACAAAAACCCUAACGGACAUGACGAUACUGGAGGACCCAAGAAACGGCUGGCAGUACUGUCAAAGCCCCCGCAUGCCCUUCUCGGGCUUGUCCGUCCUCAAACGACUACAGAUACCCGCUAGUUUGUGGUUCGAGGAAGCAGCUUACAGCAGCCACGGCGGCCCACAGGGUUUCCUGUGGAAGCGCGAAGGAACUAUCCGCCCGUCCGUUGUCCACUUACUGCCUUCAUCUAUAUCUUCACUCCGUGUAGAUUUCACCGGUAGCUCUGGGAUCUUCGCUGUUGGCACAGGUUACCGUGAAGCGUUUUCUCGUAUGACCUCUGACGAAGCCAAGAUGAAGAUGAAGCCCGCUUGGGAAUGGAUCUAUGAACUUGCUGCUCAUCCCUCACAGUUCCCUUACCUGAAGCAUGUUGCGGUGUUGGAGUUGAAUAACUUAUCUGGUGAGAUGGCUAGGGGAGCCCGGGCUUACAAGCCUGAUGUGUCGGUGGACUGGGAUCCGCCGCUCGAGUUAAAGAAAGCGUUUGAGGAUAAAGGGAUGGAGUUGAGAAUUCAGAUUAGGGGCAAGGAAGUGGCCGUGUCGACGAGGCAGGAGCGUGACAAUUCCAGUGUUAUCGCGGCGUGA